UGGUUAAGCUGCAAAAAUAACGUGUAUAAAUGAUUUUUACGUGAUUUUAUCAGAACAUAAGUGGCACUUUCAGGAUAGAGGAAUCAUGGCUGCCUCUAUGCAGUUCCUGUCAACACCUGCGAAAUUACCGAAAGAAUGGCAGCCAAAGAUACACGAGUGGAAAGUCUACCAUUCCAGCCAUCCUGAUGUUCGGCAGGCUGGAUGGCAGAAGUGGAGUCGCGAGCACCCUGACUGGUACGCUCGGCGGUCGACCUCCACCCACCCCGACUGGUACAAUAGGGAGAGGGACACUAUCAGGCGCAGUGACUACAAGUGCAUCAACUGGCACUAUGAGAGACCAUCCAAACCGACCAGUAGAGUCCACGACCACUUUAUACCACGUGAGAAUGACGUCAUGAUGAAGGAUGUCCAAAAAGCGAUGCCCCACAGCAAGCAUUACCUAGGGCAGUUUAGUUACCCCAAGCCUUACCCCAUGGAAGUGCCACCCCCAAAGUGGGGACUCUACAACCCCCCUAAUUACGAGGAACCAGCGCGAUUUAACCACUUCCCCCCGAUUAAAUACAACGGCUAUUGAAAUAACGCUGGAUUUCAACUAUGGAUUGAUAUUAAAAAGUUAACAUUUAUUUAUUUCCACUCUGAAAAGUGUACAUCGGUAAUUUUCGGUUUUUUGUUUAGUGGUUUUGGUAAUGGCGUCUUGUUUUGUACAAGUAAUUAAUAGAGACGGUAGCACUUGGCCGUCUUUAGAUGAUAAUGCAUAAAUGUGUGGGCACGUUCUACCCAAUGAAACGGUGUUAAAAUCUCUUGUUAAAUUUUAUUGAGUUGCCUUUCCAGCACUGCAGUAGUGCUUAACAAGGGAAUGUUUCUCUUUGUUGCAUUUUUAGUUGUUUUUGUUGAUUUUUUGUAAGUUGAAGUUUGACGAAAUUUUCAUAGUCACGUAUACAAUAUCUAUAGGUAAUUUAUUUAUAUUAUGUUAACCAACGCUGUAUCUAUCAAUCUGUUUGGUGUACGUUCUAUGAUGUCUACUUGUAUUUCUACCUGUUGGCUUUCUUCAUUGUGCUAUAAUUAUCCGCCUUGUUAGAAGUUCCUGGCAGGCUGAUGGCGAGACACGGUGCUCUCAACCCUUCUGGUAAUCCCAACAAAGCACACGCUUAUAACAAUUGUUAAUAAUUUAUUAUAUAGAUGAUAAAUAAAUAAAUAGAUUUACAUAUACAA